AUGAAAAUAUCUGAAGAUAUUAAAGGUAAAUUCAAACAAUUAGUAGAAACAUAUCAAGUUAUAAUUGAUAAAUGUAACGAUUCAAAUUUAAAUGAUCAUAUAUUAAACGGAGAAUUAGAUUUAUGGUACACCAAAUAUUCAAAUUUAACAUCUUUUGAACUCAAGAACAAAAAUACUAUUAAAGUAUACUUUCAAAUUAGUCCAGAUGAUUAUCUAGUAAUAUCUAAACUUCUUCAAAUAUUCAUCACUUCCAGUAUCUAUUGCCACGGGGAAUGA